AUGUUUUUCGCGUCUUUGUCAUCAGUUUCCUCAAAAUUGAAAUGUGUGAAAAAAGAUGAAGGAUGUUUUGAAAAUGGCGUAUUCUACCCCAAUGGUGCAAGCGUUCCAAAUGACAAUGUUUGUCUAGAAUGUUGUCCUGAAAUCUUGUACUGUGGUUGUCGAUAUGGUGACAAAGUUUAUAAAAUCGGUGAGGAAAUUCCUAAUGGCAAUCCGUGUGAAACAUGUACAUGUCAUUCAAUCGAUAAAGAGGUUUUUUGGGGUGAGAUUGCUUGCAGUUAUACUACUUGUCCUCUUCCACCACCAGGAUGUGAAUAUGGAGAUAGUAAGCCAGGUGAAUGUUGUCCAGAAAUUUCAUUUUGUGGUUGUAGGAUCGAUGGAAAAAUGUAUGAAUUCGGUGAAGAAAUUAUUGACGAUGAUCCAUGUGAAACAUGCGUAUGUGAACAAGGAGAUGAAAUAAUAGAGACACAAUCAUUGUGCCGUCGAAUUGAAUGUCCUAUUCAAGAACCAGGAUGUGUCUAUCGAGAUAGAUAUCCCGAUGAAUGUUGCCCAGAACUUUUAUAUUGUGGUUGUAAAAUCGAUGGAAAAGUUUAUGAUAUCGGUGAAGUUAUUCCUUCAGAGAAUCCAUGCGAAUUUUGUGAUUGCGUACUCGAUGGCACGUACGAGGCAACUAGUAUUUGCGAAACUAUGGAAUGUAGGCCCCCACCUCCAGGGUGUGAAGAUAUUCAAACUCCUCCCGAUGUUUGUUGUCUUAAUUAUGAUGAAAUAGGUUGUAAAACUGAUUCCGCUAUUUAA